CCGAGGUAACUUGGCCGGAGUCCACUCUCCGUCCUCAACCAACCUUUGCCUCCCAACAACUCGACCAUAACGCCCUUGAAGCGGAUCGGAUUUGGAUCAUGCUCCGUCCGUCCUCUUUCGCUACUUCCUCCUUCUCCUCUCUUCCCUCCUUCACAUCGUCUACAGCCCGAUUGACGCCAGCCCCAUCUCGGCUUCUCCUCCAGCGCCGGAUAGCCUCAUCGACAAAUCGACACUCGUUCGCGCCUCCGCGGUAUACACGCAGUCGACCCUACUCUACCGAACCGAAUCCUUCCGUUCAGCCGCAAACACCCCCUCCUUCUCCUCCUCCGCGAUCGCGAUUCCGCCGUUUCCUAGGCUUCACCUCGAUCGCCGUUCUUGCCUUCUCUGCAGGCCUUCUCUACCAGACUCAACGUACCGUCUCGCGACUCAUGGCCGUCCCUAUCAUCUCCGACGCCGAGACCCUGACGGCGUUCGUCCCCGUUGACGCUCAGGCUGAGGAAGUCAAUGAGUAUAUCCGCACACACCCCGAGGCCAAAAGGCUUCGCGCAGAUGCCGAAUUUGAGGAGUCGCGCCCGCAUUUGCGCUUUCCAGAGGCGCUCCGCGCGCGCAGUCUGACGGCCGGCGCUCUGGCGGGCCCGAACAAGCUCGUUGUUCCGCCCUUUGUGUUUUCCCACCGCGAGGGAAAGAGCCUGGUCUCAUUAAUGUAUCUGGGCUCUGAUGUCUGUGGUCACCCCGGUAUUGUUCACGGUGGUAUGCUGGCUACGUUGUUGGACGAGGGUCUUGCUCGCUGCUGUUUCCCAGCGCUGCCGAACAAGGUCGGUGUUACCGCCAACCUCAACAUUGAUUACCGGGCGCCGGCCAUGGCCAACUCCUACGUGGCUCUCCGGGCGGAGACUGUCAAGGUGGAGGGCCGCAAGGCGUGGGUUGAGGGUCGCAUUGAAACUCUUCCCGAGGAAGGAAAGGAGCCGGUGGUGCUAGUUGAGGCCAAGGCGCUGUUUAUCGAACCCAAGCAGGCUGCUGCGCUCUCCUUGUACCGUGGCAUCAGCGAUUAAAGGAAAAAAAUCUCUGACGUGAUCAACUUUGUUCCUGGUUCCUGGCGCACCGGGCGACUCUUGUUUUUUUCUAAUUUUCCUUUCUGUAUCUUGUUUUCUAGAGGGCAUUUUGUAAUCAUCCCGUCGGACACGACUGGAUUGUCUAUAGCAUAGAGUUUCUUGAUCGGCCAUCUUUAAUGGAAUCCAGAGUUGACAUCAAGACCCGAGUGGAUCGAUGGCGCAAUUCGUAUCAAACCGGCAAUUUCGUAUCAAACCCACGCCAAGUCCGGACCCCGCGAUCAGCACUCGUCUUCCGC